AUGACUUUUCACGUGAUGCACGUGCUAAUGUGUUUAUGUAUUAUAACGUGGAUUACCAUUGGUAAUGUUUCAUCAACGGAGAAUCAUACAUCACAAGCCACACAUACAACAAACUUUUCGUUAAAAUCAGUUGCAAUGUCGACCGCAAAGCCAGAUACAACAACAAUCACUGAACAACCGAACGCAACUCAGUCUACGAUAAGCACUUCUAAUACUACACCAACAACGACACCUACAAUAUCAUCAACAACAACAACAACAAAACAAACAACAGAACCAAAUACAACACCAGCAACAAUAUCAACAACAACAAUACCAACAACAACACUAGCAACAUCAAAAACAACAAAACCAACAACAACAGCAAUACCAACAACACCAACAACAAAAACAACAUCAACAACAAAACCAACAACAGCAAUACCAACAUCAAAAACAACAAAAACAACAUCAACAACAAAACCAACAACAACAACAAUACCAACAACACCAACAACAAAAACAACAUCAACAACAAAACCAACAACAACAGCAAUACCAACACAACCAACAACAAAAACAACAACAACAACAGCAAUACCAACAACACCAACAACAAAAACAACAUCAACAACAAAACCAACAACAACAACAACAAUACCAACAACACCAACAACAAAAACAACAUCAACAACAAAACCAACAACAACAGCAAUACCAACAACAACAACAACAAAAACAACAUCAACAAAAAAACCAACAACAUCAACAAUACCAACAACAAAAUCAACAUCAACAACAAAACCAACAACAACAGCAAUACCAACAAAACCAACAACAACACCAACACCAACAACAAGACAAACAACAACACCACCACCACCAACAACAACAACAAAAUCAACAACAACAAAACCAACAACAGCAAUACCAACAACAAAACAAACAACAAUUAAACCCACAACAACACCAAAUACAACUAAAACAACAAAAAUACCAACAACAUCACCAACAACAACUCUAACAAAAGCACCAACAACAAAACCAACAACCACAAUACAAACACCAACAACAACAAAAACAAAAACAACAAUAAAACAAACAACAACAAUACCAACAACAAAAACAACACCAACAACAAAACAAACAACAAUUAUAUCAACAACUACACCAAAUACAACACAAACAACAACAAUACCAACAACAACACCACCACCACCAAUAACAUCAACACAAAAAACAACACCACCACCAUCACCAACAACAACAUCAAAAGCAACAACAACUUCAACAACUACAACACCACUAACUACACCAGCAACUACAACAAGACCAACAGCAAUGGAAGCUACCACACCAGCAGUACUUGGGAAGCCAUGUACCGGCCAAAAUAGUAGCGUUUGCAACGAGAUCGGGAAUGCCUCGUGCCGAAACAACACAUGUAAAUGUACAGCUGGGUUCCGUCAAAAUGCUUCCAAAUUGUGCGAAGAAGGUCAGUAA